AUGGAAUUACAUAACCUAAGCAACGAGAAAUCGUGGAAAGGAAAGCCAACGAUAGAUCAGAUUACUGAUAGUGUUGUUGGUGAAGAAACUGACCAUGAAAUUAUAAGUUUCAGUCAUGGUGUCGAUCGUGAUACUGAAGGUGGUUCCUCCUUUCUUGCUUAUUUCAACGUUGUUUGUGUGGUGGCUGGUACUGGUGCACUUAGUUUACCUUAUGCUUUGAAGCAAGGAGGAUGGAUCGAUUCUGGAAUCGUGUUAAUUCGUAGUUUAUAUUACAAUGGACGCACACGGUUGUCUUCCUAUCAAGAAGUAGCAGAGGCUGCAUUUGGUAAAAUAGGUGGCUGGAUAUCCUUCUUUUUUACUGCUGUCACUUUGAUUGGUGUACCCGUUCUUUACAUAUUGUUGGCUGGUCAAAACAUUCAUAGUCUUUGUAUGGGAACAGCUGGUGAACUCACUUUUGCUCUCUGGGUUAUUAUAUGUACAGUAGUGGUAGCUAUUCCCUUCAUCUUUUUCAAGUCCAUGAAGGAAGUAGGUUUUCUCAGUGCUUUUGGUAUGCUGUGCACGGUUAUUGUCGUACUUAUCGUACUGGUCAUGGCUGUUAAAGAUAAACCAAAUCAAAUCAAUGUUCACCAUGAUAAUGUUAUUUGGGAUCAAUUCCCUAUUGCUUUAAGCUCUAUUGUAUUCAGUUUCGGUGGGAAUCCUGUCUACGCUCAUGUCGAAGCUGGUAUGCGUCAUCCGCAAAACUGGAACAAGGUUAUUUUGGCAGGCCUAUCCACUUGUUCAGCCAUUUACUUUUUAACUGCCAUUCCUGGUUACUAUGUGUAUGGCAAUCAAGCGCAGUCACCGAUUUACAAUAGCAUACCUGAAGGCGGUGCGAAAAUAGCAAGUGAAAUUAUCAUAACCCUUCAUGUCCUUAUGGCGGUUCCGAUUCUAUUGACCUCCUUUGCCCUUGACCUUGAAAAAAUGUUUGGUAUCUCCUCUUUCAACCAUUCGCGUCCAGUUGAAUUUCUUUUGCGUUUCACUCUACGUAUGGCAUUAAUGGUGAUUAUAUGUGUGCUUGCUAUAUUCGUGCCCUUCUUUGGUGAUUUUAUGUCCCUGUUGGGUGCUUUCUCUAAUUGUGCCUUAAUUUUGAUCUUCCCCGUACUAUUCUAUUUGAAAUUGACCGGAAUUCGAAACAAGCAUUGGGCCGAACUGUUUUUGUGCUUCUUCGUAGUACUAUUGGGUAUUGUAGGUUUGAUCUUUGGUACGAAGUCAGCAAUUGAAGCUUUGAUAUCUGAUUUUGCCAAUCAAUAA